AUGCUCGCCAGCAGCCAGAGCAAGGCAGCCACCAUGAAGACCGCUUCGAGCACCUCAGGACACACCCGAAAGUCGAGUCUAGGAACUGCAGUAUCGACCUGGUCUCGCAACUCCCGCUACACACUGCGCGUUCCACUCGUUGGUCGCCAAAUCUAUGUCUCAUCGCGUCAAGCCUGUCGACAAGUGGAGUCGGUUCUCUACAUCCCCUCGAUGUUAUAUCGCAGUUUCGCCGAAUUGGAGCGCGAGGUCUGCAGCGCGAUAUUCGGAGCUUUGUACGAGCAAGGCGAAAGGACAAGCUUUGCCAUGUCGGUCGAAAUGGAACUUCUAUACCACGUCCAGGAUGGGNGUUACCUAUCACCCAAGCGCGAAAGAUUUAUGCUGGAUGAGGACAACUGGGAAGAGGGCUUGGAACUUGUCAUGUCGGGCGAAGCCAAGAAGGCAGAGCUGAGAGCGAACUGGCAUGGCUCGAAGGGGUCAGGACAACUUUCCAAGACCAUGUCGACCACACAGACGCCCUCGAAUUUCCCGGUACACAAGAACAUGCAGCUAGCAGUACGGAGCCUUACCAGGACUAGCAGCAACAGCCCGAGACGUUCAGAGACCAUGUCGACCAGAAGGAGCUCGAGAAGUGAACGCGAUAACAGCCCGGUCAGCAGAGCGGACAGUGGCCUGGGCCAGAUGGCAGGAGUGUCGAAGUGA